UAACUACAACUACAAAAUUAAAAUAAAAAAAAAAAUAAAAGUAUUGAAGAAAUUUAUAAGGAUUAUAUGGUUCUCUAAAACUGGAUUUCGAUUUUCGUGUAUAAAAUACUUACUAAAUUCUUAACUAAAAAUAAAAAAAAAAUGAUGUCAGGAAGGAUUGGCCACUUGCCUAUUUCAUCUGAGAAUCCCCUUGGACUUUCAUGGCAUGAUUCUGCAUGGAUUCCAUCCCUAAACCCUUCUAAUAUAAUGGAUUAUUUUUCAGAAAGGUCUAAUCCAUUUUUUGAUAGAACAUGUAAUAAUGAAGUAGUCAAAAUGCAAAGGCUUAGCAUGGACCAAUUGCAAAACAUGACAGGUCUGGAAUAUGUGUUGUUGCAUGUACAAGAACCCAUUCUGUAUGUGAUCAGAAAGCAGCACAGGCAUAGUAUUAAUCAAACUAUUCCUCUUGCUGAUUAUUACAUUAUCGCUGGAAUAGUGUAUCAAGCUCCAGAUUUGGCUAGCGUGUUGAACUCUAGACUGCUAUCUGCUGUCCACCAUCUGCAAAAUUCAUUUGAAGAAACUAUGUCCUAUUCAAAGUACCAUCCUAGCAAAGGUUACUGGUGGGAUUUCAAGACUAAUAAAUCAGGGCCAUUUAACAUGGGACAGUCUGCCCCCAAAGAAGUGCCCAGUGCCUCUAAGGAAGAACCAUCAACACUUUUCCAAAGGCAAAGGGUAGAUAUGUUGCUGGCAGAGUUGGUGAGACAGUUUCCAUUGCCCGUUGCACAGGCAGCAAACCAGAAUGGAGUUACAGUGAAGACUGAAAAUGUUAUUGACAAAAACUCUGAGAAGCCAACUGAGGGUAACAAUAUAAAUAAUAUCACAAUAAAACAAGAACCUGUGGACCCUAUCAGCUCUGAGAUGACAAAUGGUAACAUGCAAGGACAUAUGGAAAUCAAAACUGAAAUUAAACAGGAAAAUAUGAAACCUCCACCUGAGAAAAAACCCAGAACUCUGUAAUUGAAAGUUUUCAUGAAAAAUAAAACACAUCUUAAUAUGGAAUAUUUUACAUAAUAAGUCUUUAGUUUAAUAAUAAAUUAAAAAUUAAAUGUAUUUUUUCUUUAAA